AUGGGCCAGUCAUCUUGCUUCAAUGUCCACUGUCCAGGAGCCCCAUUUCGCUUUGCUCGGUCAGUUAUUUCCUACAAGACCUUAGUUAAGGAUUGUGAAUAUAUGCAGGAUCCAAAAAGUGGACUGUGGUGGCUAGAACCUGGCGAGGACUCCAUUGUGGUUGGGUUCUGGCCACGGAGGAUAUUCUCCAGGCCCGGCUUGCAGGACUUGGCCACUUACAUGGAAUGGGGAGGCCAAGUGUACAGCCCGCCGGAAGAGAAAAGCCCGCUGAUGGGGCGCGGCGAGUUCCUGGACGGCAUCAAGACGAGCGCCUCUUGCCAGGACAUCACCACCAUCACGGAGGCCCACGACCAAGUGCCCGCCGUCGAUACCCAAGAAUAUUCCGACAGGCCCAAGAAUCACUUGGCCCAGGACAUGGGCUAUGUGAAGGCCCCCCUACGGCAUUAUAUGUGUUACGGUGGGCCCGGCGGGGCCACCGGCUGGGCCUGGUGA